AUGUCCCAGCCGCUCUUCAACCAGCUGAGGCACCCCACCGUGAUGAACGCCCCGCAGGGCCACGCUGCAGGGCCGACACAGGGACCCGGCAUCGCCGGCACAAGGUUCGCCUCCGGCGGCAUUGCCUUUCCCGCCCAGAGCCCGGCCUUAGCCACGCCGGGGGGUGGCCUGGGGCCCGUCCAAGCCCAGACCCCCAACACCAUCGUCAUGGGUCCCUUUGGAGGCGUCAUGGCUCCCACCUCCAGCCAGCAGCCUGUGGUGGUGGGUCUCAACAAGGCGGGUGCCUCCAGCUCUGCCGCCACCGCUGCUGCCGCAGGGGGCUUCUACGAGUACAACAAGCAAAACGCCGCCACCGCCACCCCUCAGGCAUAUGCCUCGGAGGGGGACCAGCCCAGCCAGCAUGGCUUCCUCACCGGCGGGGCCCACUCAUCCUCCUCGGCGGUGGGGCCGCGCUACGAGGGCCAUUUUGGUGCUCCCAGCCAGCUGCAGCACGAGGCGGCGGCCGCCUUUCCCAAGGAGGCCUACGGGGUGGCAGCGGCGGCCCAGCACGGAGCGGCGCGGGCCUUCCCCAGCGACCCGCACGCCGGCUCCCAUCCGAAAGGAGAUCCUGGCCCUGUCUUGCAUGGCAGCGGUACAAGCAACCAGUGGGAAAAUAUCCCUAAUUUCCCCAGCCAAAACAAGCCUGACCUCGUGCCCGGCGACAGCCUGUGGCCGUCAGCGAGUCAACAGCAGUAUGAAAUAAGAAACGAGCUCUACAACCCCGAAGAGCCGACACCUGACACAAAGUUCAGCGCGGCCGCCCCCCCCGCCUUCGGCCGCCUCAACCACAGCAAGCAGAGCUUCGGCAGCCCUCGCAUGAGGCAGAAGGAGGAGCGGAGCGGCGGCGCGCCUGACCUGCCCGCCCGCUCCCUGCUGCCGCACCAGCUGGGUGACCUCCACGGGGCGGCCCCCCUCCACUUCCCCCACGUCUGUGCCCUGUGCGACAAGAAGAUCUUCGACCUGAAGGACUGGGAUCAGCACAUUAAGGGAAGUCUUCACAUCCAAAAAUGUAUGGCUUUUUCAGAUAACACUGGUAUCCGGUGUGUGUUAAGCUCAGCAGAUGGAACAUUGCAUUUGUCACCAAAUAAUGCAGCAGUUUUCAAUCCGUCUAGUAUCGAAGAUUAUCCACCAAAUGUCGGCUCAUCUUUUAUCACUACGUCAGCAAGAUCCUUUGGCCAGCCAGGUCCUACAUUUUCUUCUCCUCCAUCAGGGGUAAGAUUUCCCCAGAGGAAAUCUACACUGGGUCGAGUUGUUCACAUCUGCAACCUCCCCGAGGGAAGCUGCACAGAGAAUGAUGUCAUUAACCUGGGCCUCCCGUUUGGGAAGGUCACCAACUAUAUCCUCAUGAAAUCCACUAACCAGGCCUUUCUGGAAAUGGCUUACAGUGAAGCAGCACAAGCCAUGGUGCAGUACUACAAAGAAAAACCUGCUAUGAUAAAUGAUGACAAGUUACUUAUUAGGAUGUCUAAAAGAUACAAGGAAUUGCAGCUCAAGAAACCAGGUAAGAACGUGGCUGCUAUCAUCCAGGACAUCCACUCGCAGAGGGAGAGGGACCUGCUGCGUGAAGUGGACAGGUAUGGCACGGAGAGGCCCCGCUCUCGCAGCCCCAUAAGCCGCUCCCUGUCGCCCCGAUCCCACACUCCCAGCUUUACUUCCUGCAGUUCACCCCACAGCCCGAUGGGGACCGGCAGGACCGACUGGGGAAAUGGGAGAGAGUCAUGGGAUCAGUCCCCGUAUUCUCGACGGGAAGAGGAAAGAGACAGCAGAGAAUGGCGAGAGAAUGGGGACGAGAAGAGGGACAGGACUGACACAUGGGUACACGAGAGGAAACAUUAUUCCCGACAGCUGGACAAGUUUGAUUUGGAUGAACGGAUUGAAGGAGGCAGGGGGCACAGAGAAAAAUAUUUAAGGAGUGGUUCCCCUGGCUCCCUUCACCCUUUAUCUGGCUACAAAAGCAGGGAAGAUGACUAUUACCGAAAAACCUCUAAGUCAAAAUCCGACAAGUUUCAGAGGCAACUGCAGGAUUUACCUGGGAGAUCUAAGAGAAAGGAAGAGGCAAAGUUAAGGGAACGCAGGCAUUCUUACAGCGAGGAUGCUGCCAGGGAGGAGGCAGCUGAACAGAAGCACAGCAAAGUGUCUGAGGGCUCCAGGCAAAAACAAAGUGAUAAGAAUAAGGCGAAGAAAGCUGAAAAAGACCAAGAGGAAGAUGCUGCUGCUGAAGGUAGUGAUGUGAAGGAAACCAAACCUCCCGAGAAUGAGCUUGGAAAAGAGGAGCAUGUUCCAGAGAAGAGCUCACCUUCAGCUAAUAAACAAGGAAAAGAAUCUGGAGAGAUUCUGGAAAACACAAGAAAAGAGAAGGACCGAGACUGGGACAGUGGAAGUGAGAUAGAAGGUGAGACCUGGUAUCCUGCUAACUUGGAAGAAUUAGUGACAGUAGAUGAAGUGGGCGAAGAUGAUUUAAUUAUGGAGCCGGAUAUAACUGAACUUGAAGAAAUAGUACCAGUUGAUCAAAAAAAUAAAACUGCUUCAGAAAUGUGUCCCUGUAUGUCAACCAUGUUAGAACUGAAAAACGAUCACAGCCACUUAACCAGGAGUGAAGACAAAUUUGCUCAUAAAGCUUUAGAAACAAACUUCAGAUCAGCAAAGGGCAGCGUAGCUUCUAGCGGCUGUCAGGAUGAUGAUGAGGAUGAUGAUAAUGAGGAUGCUGUAACUGAAGCAUCAAGCCUAAAUCUGGACCCUGAGCAGAAGCCAGAGGAAUUGCAAGAAGACCAAUCUGCUAAGGAGUCUGAUCCCCAGCAGAAGGAAGGAAAAAUUGAUAAGAGCUCUGACACUCGCUUGGAGCCCGAAGAUCACCAUAUACCUUCUGUUCAUCUGAAAGAAGAGACUCUCCAGCUCCCUGAUACAUUUAUAGAUGAUUACAAACAGAUGGGAUCACAAGGAGCUGAGAGCAGAGAAGUUAUGGAAAUGCUUGUUAAAAACGCUAGUGAAGAAACAAGACACGGAAGCCAAGAGUGUCCAGAGGCCAAGGCAAAUUCUAGGUACCUGGAAAUGAGAUCUCUGGAAUACCCGGAGGUAGAGGCUAAAAGAAGGCAUUCUCCACCAGGCUGGGAACAAGAGGACGUCUUCACCGAACUCAGCAUUCCCCUGGGUGUGGAAUUUGUGGUGCCUAGAACUGGGUUUUACUGCAAGCUCUGUGGACUCUUCUACACAAAUGAAGAGACAGCAAAGACAAGUCACUGCAGAAGUACUGUUCACUACAAAAAUCUUCAGAAGUAUCUAUCCCAGCUGGCAGAAGAGAGUCUGAAAAUGAAGGAAGAAGGCAGCCAUCUGCCUCAAGAUGACACUGGCAUUGUUCCUCACUUUGCGAAGAAAAAACUAUGA